AUGGCCGAACCCCUCUCGACACCGCCAUCCAGGCCGCUGCCAUCUCUCCCCCUCGACGAAGAACCCUACGCCGCCCACCAGCCAGACUUGAAUCCACCACCACCUAGUUCCUCGUAUCGCAAACCCGAUCCACAUCCUUCCUCACGUAAUCCCUCUAUUCCUUCUUUCAAUAUUGACCAGCGCCAUGAUCCAAUAACUGCCGGCCGUGAUUCAAGACAGUCCGGCUCUUCCGUGACCCAAAGCUCAGACGGCCAUUCUAGAACCCCGUCUAGAGAAUCACCAGACAUAUCCGAAAACGGGCGUUCCGCAGACGCGGUUCCACCGACGCAAAACAUCCCCUUCAGACCGUUGCAUAUAAGCAACAGCUUCUACUCUGCCCGCUUUUCCCACGUCGCCGAGAUGGACGCUGCAAACGCUCGGGACGAGCUCGAGCUUGCAUACACCACCACGGAGCAACACCAACCUAGAGGCAUUCCCAAGCACCCCACUCCACCUCCGCGCACACAUUCUCCCCGUGAAACUACGCAAUCUCCAGCCUCUGGCUCCCAAAAUUCGUCAAAUGGCUACAGUAUUCGACAUAACCGUGGUCACAGUUAUGGCCAAGAAGGGCCUUUGCAAGUUCCGCGCUCCACGGUCCCCAGACCAAGUUCUGCAUAUACUUUAGGUUCGGAACUCAAUGUACCAGGCCGUACGGAUUCACCCCGCCUGUCCGUGGCCGGCAUGCCCUCACCCCACGGAUCGCCCAACUCUUAUGCCCGCCAAGUCUCAACCUCACGCCGAUCACCAGAUGUCCGACCGGAAUCUUCCUACAUUGACUUGACCAAUCUCCCAUACAACCAACAGGUUGCGCCCGUUGCCAAUUUCGGCAAGACCGGACUGCGAGGUGUGGUGGGAGAGAAUGCCUCGUUGCUCGACGAGAAAAAGACGCUCGAUAUGUACAGGGCAAACGUCAAGAAGACGCAAGACAGCUCAGUCCAGUACGAGUUUGCGCUGUUCAUGAUACAGGUCGCACAAGAGGUCAUGGCAAACGAAGGCAUGAACAAUACCCAUGGCAUGUCGUCGGUAGAAUUGUUAAAAGAAGCGCGCCAGAUUCUCCAGAAACUAGCCGACCGCAGUUACCCGUUUGCACAGUACUAUCUCGCAGAUGGAUAUGCAUCAGGUCUGUUCAACAAAGAUAAGCCCGACCACGAUCGAGCCUUUCCGCUAUUCAUCGCUGCCAGUAAGCACGGCCAUGCGGAGUCAGCGUUCCGUGCCGCGCUCUGCUAUGAGUUUGGAUGGGGUUGUCGCAAAGAUUACGCCAAAGCUGUCCAGUUCUACCGCGCUGCAGCGUCCAAAAACCAUCCUGGAGCUGCCACUCGACUUGGAAAGGCGUGUUUGACUGGCGAUAUGGGUCUUCAGAACAAGUACCGGGAGGGCGUCAAGUGGCUUAAGCGAGCCUCCGAGUCAGCUGACUUCCAGUACAACGUCGCGCCCUACGAACUAGGUCUAUUGCACGAGACAGGCUACGGAGACGACAUUUUCAAGGACGAAGUGUACGCAGUGCAACUGUUCACACAGGCUGCAGAGUUGGGCCAUCCGCUGGCUGCGCUGAAGCUUGGAGAAGCCUACGAACACGGCUUGUUGAGAUGCCCCAAGGAUGCUGCACUAUCUGUCCACUACUACAACUGCGCUGCCCAGGCCGACAUCCCCGAGGCCAUGAUGAAUCUCUGUGCCUGGUACAUGGUCGGUGCUGAACCCGUCCUGGAAAAAGACGAAAACGAGGCAUACGAAUGGGCCAAGAAGGCUGCUGAGCAUGGUCUUCCAAAGGCCGAGUAUGCGUGCGGUUACUUUACAGAAAUGGGCAUCGGCUGCCGUCGGGACCCUCUGGAAGCCAACGUAUGGUACGUCAAGGCUGCAGACUCAGGAGACGAAAGGGCAAAGCAGCGUCUCGCAAUCAUUCAAGCUGCAGCAUCGGGACAAGCGAAUCCUCUGGCUUCAACACCAGUAAAUGUUCCCGACAAAAACGCCAAGCUGCGAAAAGAAAAAGGUGGAAAAGACAAAGAGAAGGAUGAGAACUGCGUGGUAAUGUGA